AUUUAAUUUUAACUGCAAAUAAAUUAAAAACUUUAUGUAAGAGAUAUAAAUAAACUAAAAUCAAAAUUUUACACAGAUUUUAACAGUGUUUCUUCUUUAUAUUAAAGAAAGAAUUCUGGCAUUUAAGGAUGAAAAUUUGUAAAUACAAGCUUAUCGAUUUGUUUUAAAAAUGCUUUAAAAAAGAAAAACCCUAAAAACACAACCCACAUAGCAAAGAAUUCAACAUUUAUUUACCGAAGAACGAUAAAAUUUAUAUAUUAAACUUUUCCUACCCGAAAAAAUUCAUCCAAGCAAAAGUAUACUGGAAAAGUAAAUUUCAUAUUUUUGGUUACGACGCUCUUUAGAGAUCAAAAUUGAAUCCAGCCUAUCACCAAAUUGGCAAAAAAAGUAAGACAAAACCUUUAAAUUCUUUACGUCAGCAGACCAAAAUGGUAUUGCUUUUUCAAACCUUACUUUGUUUUCUAACACUUCGACUUUCGUCAGCCAUAAAAAGUGAUGAUCUUGAACCUGAUUUUGUGGAUAGAAUUGGAAAUGUUACAGCUAUCGUCGGUCAGGAAGUAGAGUUAAGCUGCGUAGUUGAAAAUUUGGGAUCAUAUAGAGUAGCGUGGAUAAGAGUGGAGAGUCAAACAAUAUUGUCCAUUCAUACACACGUUAUCACAAGGAACUAUAGGAUAUCUUUAAGACACAAAGAUCUUCAGUAUUGGAAUUUACAUAUCAUUAAUGUUCAAGAAUCGGACAGAGGAAGUUAUAUGUGUCAAAUUAAUACUGUUCCCAUGAAAAAACAACUCGGUUAUUUAGAAGUAGUAGUGCCUCCACAGUUCGUUCGUUCAGAGCGAACGACAGAAGUAUUAGCUCAUGAAGGAACAAAUGUCACAAUGACGUGUUUUGUUAAAGGAUAUCCUACACCAAAAGUCACGUGGCAUAGGGAGGACGGAAAAAAUUUUGAUGCAGGAUUAGCUAAUCCUAUCAUUCAACAAAGCACAUUUGAAGGAGAACGUUUAUUAAUAAAUAAAGUAAGUCGACUUCAUAUGGGAACAUAUGUUUGCACAGCAGACAAUGGAGUGCCUCCAUCUGUAUCAAGAAGAACACAGUUAUAUGUAAAUUUUCCGCCAAUGUUAUGGAUUCCUAAUCAGCUGUUUGUAGGUAAAAUAGGAGACAAUAUCACUCUUGAAUGCCUCGUAGAAGCUUUUCCAAAAUCUCUAAACUAUUGGACAAGACACGAGGAUGAUCAAUUAGUAAACUCAGGAAAUCACUUUAUAACUACAAUUCAAGAAAGUACUUAUAAAAUGCACAUGAGACUUACAAUAAAUAAACUGAGAGCGGAGGACUUUGGAAAAUACACAUGUUUAGCCAAGAAUUCCAUAGGUUCCACAUCAGGUGUCAUAAGGAUAAAUGGUACAAAUAUAUCAGACUCAUCAAGCACAACAACAACAAAUCUUUAUCCUGCAGAAGACACAAAUUCACAACUACAGGAUGGAAUUUUAAAAAGCCAAAGAAAUGCACACAACCAAUCAUACUCAUAUCCACCUGCCAGUGCACAAGAUACAAUAUUCAGCGAUACAGUUGCAGUUCUCCCAUCAUUUACUGUAAUAACCAUUAUUCUGUAUGCUCUGUCCGUCGUUUGAUGUAUAUGUUUGAUGUAUAUGUGACGACAGUCGAAACGCUCAAUACACAAAUAACACUAUAGUGUUCAAGAAGAUUGGAUACGAUAUUGAACAAUCUUCCAAUUAUGGUGCAGAAAAAUCGAAAACAUAUUCAUUGUUGCCAAAGAAUGCUGAGAAACUAUACUGUUUCAUAUUGUGUUGAAAAUAUGAACAAGUGCUCAUUCGAAAAUAUUUGUUUGUUUUUAAUAUUACUUUAUAAACUUUUUAAUACUUAAGUAUAUUUUGAUUAAUUUAAAUUAUAUAUAUAUAUAUCUAUAUAUAUAUAAUCGUCCACUGCUACAUUAAACGAUAAAAUAUCAUGUUAUAUCAUGUUUUCGUAUAAGUUACGAGGAAAUUGAAAUUUAAUUAUAAGAAAUAAUCUUUGUAUUGCUUGAUUUUCAAUACAAAAUAAAACGUAAGUUGCAUUAGUCAUAAAUUGAAUCCGAAAUUCGUCGCUAAGCAUAUCACCUCUAUAAAAUUGACAUUUUAUUAAAAAAAUCUUUCUGAAACAAUGUGAUGACAAUUCUUUUUCUAGAAAAAUUUCUAUCCUUCUUUGAUUUAUGUUUUCUAAUAAAGUAUCUUCGAUUGUUAUUCUCAAUCAAAAAAUAAAUGAAAUAAAUUCGAGUAUAUUUUAUUUGAUGGAGUAUUUGUAUGAAACAUAUCAUUGCAGAAAGAGAAGAGGUUCUGAUUUUUCUUUGAGUUCAUUAAAAUUACUUAAUAAAAAUUUCCAAAACACACUGUUUUUAUGCCCUUGGAAAUAACUAUUUAUAAUAUGAAUUCAACAAGUUUUAUAAUUACUAUAUUUUUUAUAGUUUUUUUAACUCCCUAAAUUUUUUCUGAAAGCAGUUUGUAAGAAAAAUAAUAUAAAUAAACAUUAUUUUCAUGUAUUAAGAAGAUCUGGAAUAAUAAGAAUUGGCAAGAAGCAAGAUGCUUUUAACUAAUUUAUUACCAAAAAGAAGGUAUGCCCAUCUCAGCCAAAAUAUUGUUAUUUUACAUAGUUGUACAAUAUUAUUAAAAAUAAUCACAUUUUAGAAUGUAUUUGUUUUAAAGUUGGAUUGUAAAAUUCAAAGAAAUGUAUUUGAUCAUUUUUUAAAAUUACUGCGAGAGGAAAAUAUUAGGCACUAUAAUUUAUACAAUAUGAUAAAGUGGUUUUGCCUUUUUAAUGCUUAAGUGCAUCAGUACUCUAUUGUUAUAACGAAUUCUUGCUUAAUUACUUAAAAUUAAAAGUAGUAAAAAAAGUAAAUUUAAUUUAUGGAAAACAACUCCAAGAAUCUUCUAAUGUGGAUUACAUUUAAUCUGUAAUUAAAAUAAAAAAUCAGCAUUCAGUAAUGCCAUUCACUGGAAAUCUAUUUAUGUACCAUGUUUUAUAUAUUUUCUAGCUUUUAAACAUAUCCUGGGAUUUUUUUUAAAUUCUACUUUAGAUUAUUUUUAUUAACACUUUAAGUAAUGCAUUACUUAGUAUUCCAGGUUGCUUCUGCUUUUGGCAGUGAAAAUGAUAAAGGUUUUCUACACGUGCAUUGAUUGCUGUCAGUUUAAUUUUUUUAAAACUUAUUUUACAAAUUUCAUUAUUUUUUUAAUUGGCUCAAACUUCUCAGCAAAAUAUUCGAAGUAAUUAUUGCAUACAAUCCCUUUGGACUUCAGUUUAUGUUUAUGUUGCAUAAAUAAUAAUUAUAUUACCAUGAAGUUAUUACUGCAUUUUAUGUCAAUAUUUUCGCACUAGAAAAAUGAACGAAAACACAUGUGUUAAAAAAUAAUAAUUUCAUUCAAAUUUUUUUUCUCGAUACAUUUUACUUAGUUUAAAAAUAAGAAUACUAUGUGAACAUUUUACUGUCGGAAAUAAUAUAUAACAUGUACUUUUAGAUGCAACAUUUUACAGUUAAAAAUUCAAUUUAUUAAAAUAAAACAUAAACAUAUAUUUUAAGUUAUCUAGCACUUUUAAAAAUUACAAAUUACAAUAACUUAUAAAAUAUGGUUUAAGAAAUGAUGAAAAUAUAAAAAUAUUCAAAGGAUUUGCCUUAUUUGAGGUUAAAUGCAACUUCAUUCUUCAAUGCAUUAUUUAAAAAUAGAAAAAGGAUGUUUUAAUUCGAAAGCAAUUGUUUUCAUACAUAAUGUACACUUGAAACAAAAUAUUUAUGAGAAUCCAAGUAUAUGAACAUUAAUUUUAGGCAAUUGUUUUAAUUACUUUUUAAAAAUAUAAUCUAAAACACAAUGACUGAAAAAUAGAUAAGAAUUAAAAUUCUAUGAUAAAGAGAAUUUCCAAUUUAUAUCUAUGAAAUUAAAUUCAUUAUUCUUGUAUUACGUAAAGGUAUUAUGUAAUUUAUUUUGAAUGAUUUGCAUAAAUUUAAAUUAAUGUAGUUUUUAUACUUUAGCACAUUAUUUGAAAAAAAAAACGAAAUGUUAUGAGUUGCUACUUUAAAAAAGGUGAACAUUUGAAUGCAGUUUUUUUUAGAAAUCUCCAAUUUGAAUUAUUUUGUGUGUCUUUAUUCAAAUCGUAUUUAUACAUUGAGACAUGACUGCAAGACACGUUAAAGCUCAAAAUUGUAUGUACAUAUGAAAGCAAAUGAACGAAAUUGAUUUGAUUCCUAAAACCUAUAAAUUUUUGUUAUCAAAUGAUAUAAAUAAAAAUGAGUACUUCAAUUUAACAUAUAUAUUUGUUUAAAAACUGCAUUUAAAUAAAUCUGUUGAAUGUGAUUUAAUAACUGUUAUUUAUUCGUAUAUAAAAAAUGUUAUGAGCUUUAUGUCAUUGAAUAUGGACGUUUCUGUUGGUGUACAAAUGUUGUUGUAACUAAUAAAUUUUUCAUAUAAGUUGUAAGCAUGGUUUAAAGUUUAAAAAUACGCAAACUGUGGUGCCAGAAAAAGUUAAAUGUGACAUAGUAUCAGAGACACUAAAUGAGGACGUAAGUGUUGUUGCUAAGUAAGCGUAUUUUUGAAAGUAUUAAAGAAUGUAUUUUGGAACAAAUAUGCAUUUGUAUCUUGUCUAAGUGUAUAAAAUAAAAUUCUGUUUUUAUA